UCCACCGCCCCUGCCACCACGAAGAAGAAUCAGGGCUGAUCAUACAAAAACUGGCAGGCCGACCACUACCCUAACCUGACAUUUGAGUCUCCACCAUCCUCCUCGCCUCCUAUCUCUGUUGCCGCUCCCACCACUCCCCCAGUGCCCCCAACAGCAACAACCACCACCACCGCAGCAACCACACACCUCGACGCCUGGCUGAAGCUGAACGGCUCGUGCCCGGUUUCCAGGAACUUGCCGCUGCCAACCCCGCUGUCCACGCCGCUCUCGGAGGUCGUUUCACUCUUGCAGUACGCCGCGGAUCGGAGGCGGAGGAGGUCCUCACCAUUGAAGCUCUAUUGGGUUUUUCGAUAUUGAAUAGCUUAUUAACAUGGCGGCUUUGAAGGAACUUCUUCCGGCUGCGAAAUCAACCACAACUUCAAUUUAUGAUCACUCCAAUGAUCCAUGGUUCAAGCAGAGAUUUAGUUCCUCUGAGGCGGAAAAAUCCUCUGUUGUCAAGCUCAAUCCUGUGCCUCCUUACUUGAAGCGUGCGGGUUUUGUUCCUCGAAAGGUAGAGGAUUUUGGGGAUGGGGGCGCAUUUCCAGAGAUUCACGUAGCUCAGUAUCCUCUCGACAUGGGUAGGGACAGAUCAUCAAAGCCCGGAUCGAAGAUUCUUCCUGUUACUGUUGAUGCCCAUGGCAAUGUUGCCUAUGAUGCGAUUGUGAAGCAGAAUGAGAAUGCGAAGAAGAUUGUUUACUCGCAGCAUAAAGAUCUGAUACCAAAGGUUCUGAAGAAUGAUAGUGACGAGACAGAAGCUGAUGAGGAGAUUCAGAAAGAGAUUGAGGAGACUACACAAGAGACAAAAGCUGCACUUGAAAAGAUUGUGAAUGUGAGAUUGAGUGCGGCACAGCCAAAAAAUGUACCAAAGCAGUCCACUGAAACAAAGUUUAUCAAGUAUAAGCCAUCACAGCAAUCGGCAGCAUUCAACUCAGGUGCUAAGGAGAGGAUAAUCAGUAUGAUGCAGAUGCCUGUGGAUCCACUUGAACCUCCUAAGUUCAAGCAUAAGCGCGUCCCAAAGGCUUCAGGGUCCCCGCCUGUGCCGGUGAUGCAUUCUCCUCCUCGGCCUGUGACUGUGAAGGAUCAACAAGAUUGGAAGAUCCCACCUUGUAUUUCAAAUUGGAAGAACCCGAAAGGUUAUACGAUCCCACUUGAUAAGCGUCUUGCAGCUGAUGGUAGAGGCCUUCAAGAUGUUCAGAUCAAUGAUAACUUUGCAAAGCUUUCAGAAGCUUUGUAUGUUGCAGAGCAGAAGGCUCGAGAAGCAGUAGCCAUGAGAUCAAAGGUUCAAAAGGAGAUGAUGAUGAAGGAGAAGGAAAGGAAAGAGCAGGAACUGAGGGCGCUUGCUGAAAAAGCACGUGCUGAGAGAACUGGUGUGGCACCCCCGGCGGCUAUUCCAAUCCAUUCUGAGAAGAGAGCCAUGGACAGUUCUGAUAUGAGAGUUGAUUAUGAGCCUGCUAGGGACAAAGAGAAGGAUUUCCCAAAGGAGAGUAGGGAGGAAAGGGAAGAACGAGUUCGACGCGAGAAAAUUCGCGAGGAGCGGCGCCGAGAGAGGGAGAGGGAGAGAAGGUUGGAGGCCAAGGAUGCUGCGAUGGGAAAGAAGAGCAAGAUCACAAGAGAUAGAGAUCGUGAUAUCAGUGAGAAGGUUGCUCUUGGCAUGGCUUCUACUGGAGCAGGAAGAGGAGGAGAGGUUAUGUAUGACCAAAGACUGUUCAACCAGGAGAAAGGGAUGGACUCUGGAUUUGCCACUGAUGACCAGUACAAUGUGUAUGACAAGGGUUUGUUUACUGCUCAGCCAACACUGUCAACCCUUUACAGGCCAAAGAAAGAUGCCGAUGCUGAGAUGUAUGGAGGUGCAGAUGAGCAGUUGGAGAAUAUCAUGAAGACUGAUCGCUUCAAGCCUGACAGGGGCUUUACAGGUGCUGCUGAAAAAGCCGCUCCAAGAGAUGGGCCAGUUGAGUUUGAGAAGGUGGCUGAAGAGGCUGAUCCAUUUGGACUGGAUCAGUUCUUGACAGAGGUGAAGAAGGGUAAGAAAGCCCUCGAGAAAGUUGGUACUGGAGGGACAAUGAAAGCAAGCGCAGGGUCUUCAAUGAGAGAUGGCUAUGAAGGAGGAGGAGGUUCCAGUAGAACUCGUAUUGGGUUUGAAAGGGGGCGUUAAUUAGCUUUCUUUCUUUCUUUGCUUCUCUCUCCUUCUUGGUUGGACUCGUAGUAAACGAGUUCUUAGUGUCACUUGUCUUAUUGCUCAAUCAGCUUGUAGUUGCAAAAACGAAUCCUAGCUCUUUGAAGCGGUUGUAUGAGGAUAUUAUUUUUGUUUGCUUACCAAUGUACUAUUUUCCUUUAUUAGUUGCAAAUAAGCUACUAUUUCUCA